UCCAACACUACUUGGAAAAUGAAUUCUUCGCUUCUAAUAUUGUUUUUGAACUAAAAACUCUGCAAUGUAUUGAAAUGUAUUGAAAUACAGAAAUGUAUUGAAGCUGAAAAAUGAGUGGGGAAACAGGCGCUCUUGGGAGUGUGGACAACCCGAUGAUUCUGAACAUAGCCACCAGGAACGCCGACUCCCAGGUUGUUUUAAAUGACGUGCUGCUAUUGGAACAAAUAUGCAAGUACCCGUUCCUGGUUAACUGCGAGGAUGCAGACUACAAGGCUUGGGGCUGGAAUGAGGUUGCCAAGAGCUUCAAUGUUGCCUACAGAGACGAUCCUUUUACAUCUCGGUUUAGUGUCCAGGAGCUGCAGUGGCGGUGGGAGAUCCUCAAACCAUUUGUGCCCACUCUAGUCAACGCCCAGGGAGACGUGCCGGAGCCCCUUUGGCCCCUUGUGGACAAGAUUAAUAAAUAUCUGUCAUCUGCAUCUGGAAAUGACGAACCAAAGACGAAAUGCCAGCAGUUGAUUCUAUCAAAGUUACCUUCACUAAAAAAGCUGUCGAAAUCAAUGCUUCGUCGAUUGGAGGUGGAAGUGCUGGAUGUCAUACUUCAGCAUGAACUUUUGGCUAAUGCCACACAGGAGUUUGGACCCAAGGAACAGAACACGGUGGAGAAUGAGUAUUCAGAGUUUUUGAAAGCCAUAAGGGUGAAGGAGCUGCCAAAUGACACAUUGUAUUCGUUGAUACCAAAGGUAGAAUCUUCAGAUCCAGAUUAUAUCAAAGGUAGCGAGGUGGAAAAGUAUAAAAUGGAACUCGUUAUAACCAAGGUUUUCAGUACCAACGAAGAACUUCCAUCUACCAGCAAGGCCAUCAAACGAGAGCCGUUCGAAAGUCCCGUCCGCUCGGUCAAGCUCAAGCAGUCACCAGCAUCGAGUAGCGGGUCGUCUCCUUAUAAAAAAGUAUUUCAACAGACUCAAUUCUCGCCUCGAUUCGUACCCGUUAAGAGCGCCAAGUACUACAUUAAACCAUUACGCGUACGAGUGAGGCGUUUGGAUUUGGAUGACUACAUUUCACUGGCCGCCAUGAGACGAUACAGUCGGCAUUCGCAAAAAGAAUGACCUAGAUUUGUAU